AUGAGAAAGACGGAGGCGGUGUUCUACGCGGAGACGUACCAUCCCAUCCAGGCCGGUAGCAUCGACGGUACCGACACUCUCCCUCACGACAGCGCCGUCUACCGCGCCUGGCUCUGCUCCUCGGCCGCCCUCUAUGACCCCUCCGGCGAUCCUAAGCUCCUCGGCGACCCCUACUGCACUCUCUUCGUCGGCCGCCUCUCUCACCUCACCACCGAAGACACUCUCCGCCAGGCUAUGAGCAAGUAUGGUCGAGUUAAGAAGUUGCGUUUGGUCAGACAUAUUGUGACCGGUGCCUCGCGUGGCUAUGCUUUUGUUGAAUUUGAAACCGAGAGGGGGAUGCGGCGUGCAUACAAGGAAGCACAUCAUUCCCUUGUUGAUGAUUAUGAAAUUAUCGUGGAUUACAAUAGGCAGCAGUUGAUGCCAGGAUGGAUUCCUAGACGAUUAGGAGGGGGUUUUGGUGGUAAGAAGGAAUCUGGACAACUUCGUUUUGGAGGACGAGAAAGACCAUUUCGAGCUCCCAUUCGUAUCCCAUAUGAUGAUCUGAAGAAACUUGGAAUCCCACCUAUACCAGAAGGACGAUACAUGUCCCGGCAUCAGGACCCAUCACCACCUAGAAGAAAAAGAAGCUCAGUAGAUAGGGAAGAAGGUACUCGCAGAAGGUCAGUUGAUAGGGAAGUGAACAUACGCAAAAGCAAUCCUGUGGAUAAGGACGACAGGUUUCACAAAAGACCUAUGGAUGGUGAUUAUCACUCAUCCAAAAGGAGCUCUGAUGAGUCAGCUCAACACCAUCGCAGUAGGAGCUCUAGAGAUAGAGAAGAAGGUACUCACAGAAAGUCCAGUGAUAGGGAAGAAAGCAUGCCCAAAAGCAGUCAUGUUGAUAAGGAAGAAUCCUUUCGUAAAAGAUCUAUGGAUCGGGAGGACCAUACAUUUAAAAGGAGCGCUGUUGAGACCGAAGAAUUCCAUCGCAGUAGGAGAUCUGUGGACACGGAAAAGCGUUCACACAAAAGGAGCUCUAGGGAUAGAGAUGACCGUUCUCACAAGCGGCACAAGUCCCGUCACCGUGAGAGGUCUACUAGUUAUGAUCGGUCUUAAAAUUCGGAUUUGGGAAAGGCAGCAAUAUGUAGAACCAUAAAGAGAGGAGUGAGGAAAUCUGACGCAAAUGUUUUCUUGCUUUAGACCCUGCUGGAACACUAAGAACUGGUGAUUGAUCACAAAAUGCAGUCGUAGCUAUUCCAGUUGCAUCAGAAAAGAAUUGGGCAACAGUAAGAUUCCUGAUUCCUGCAAAGUAGCCAGCCUAUUCCUGAUCCGUUUUCCUGUGAGGUAUACUUAGCACCAGGAUUACUCAAUUGGGGAAGAGUUGAAACGGUUAGCUUUGAACUUCUAGUUGUGCUCCUGAAAGUCGGUAAAGAUUAUUUUUGGCUUAGUUCAGUCUAAGUUAACAGUUCUCUGAAACCACUCUCUACUCGGCAUCACAGUAUAAGAUCAGCCCCAUGCAAAUUUGCGGAGGUAUACCGCAUCCUGAACUAAUUUUGUGUUGACUCAACGUUUGAGAAAAUAUAGAGUUGGUUGCUCACAUGGUGGAGUCUUUCAAUCACAUAUUCAAGAGGUGCAGCUUCCCGCAAGAGUGGUCAAAACCUCCACUUCUGGUGAGUCUUUUUUCACCUUCUCCCACCCUCUGUGUGACUAGUUAUUGGUUAAUUUGAAGUCCAAUGUUUCAUGCUAAUGGGUCUUUGGUACAAU